GAAAGGGAGGUGCAAGCAGCACUCUAUUUCUACACUUAUUCAUUGCUUAACACACAAACACAGAACCUGACUGAGGACAAGACCUAAGUCUUCUCUCUCACAGGAUCACAGGUUGUAACAAUGGAACUGGUCUCAACGUCAGUUGGCAAGUUUACAGUUGAUCUUUUCAACAGGCUGAAUGAGGCCAACAAGGGCAAAAACAUUUUCUUUUCCCCUUGGAGCAUAUCAUCUGCCCUGGCUCUGAUGUACCUGGGUGCAAAAGGCAAUACAGCCACAGAGAUGGCAGAGGUUCUUUAUUUCACUCAAGCAGCAGGACAUGAAGGCUCUUCUUCUCCAGCCAGACCUUCUCGGGGGAGACCAAAGAGAAGAAAAAUGGAUCCUGAGUACAAGGAAGCUGAAGAUAUCCAUUCUGGCUUCAAAGAGCUCCUGACUGUCAUCAACAAACCCAGAAGCACUUACGAGCUGAGCACUGCCAACCGCAUUUACGUGGAAAAAACCUUCCCAUUAUUGUCAACAUACUUACAGCUCAGUAAGAAGUACUACAAAGCAGAGCCGCAGAAGGUUAACUUUAGGGCAGCAGCAGAACAAGCCAUGCAGGAAAUCAAUGCUUGGGUUGAAAAACAAACUAAGGGCAAAAUCAAAGAUCUUCUGAGAGCAGGAGAUGUGACAUACACCACCAAACUGAUUCUGGUAAAUGCCAUCUACUUCAAGGCAGAAUGGAACACAAAAUUUAAGGCAGAAUUUACACAACUGCAACCCUUCCGACUGAGCAAGAACAAGAGCAAGUCUGUGAAGAUGAUGUGGAUGAGAGAAAUGUUUCAGGUUCGCAUCAUGGAAAAAAUGAAUUUCAAAAUCAUUGAGUUGCCAUAUCUGAACUACGAACUCAGUAUGUUCAUCCUCCUUCCUGAUGACAUCAAAGACGGUACUACAGGUCUUGAACAGCUAGAAAGAGAACUGACGUAUGAGAAGCUGUCCGAAUGGACUGAUUCCAAGAAGAUGACCAAAACUCUUGUGGAUCUGUACCUACCUAAGUUCAGAAUGGAGGAAAGAUAUGAGCUUAACAAUAGCCUGAGGAGCAUGGGAAUGCGCAGUGCCUUCAGCAGCACUGCUGAUUUCACUGGAAUGGCUGAGAAGGAUGUGCUGAUCUCUGGAGUUAUUCACAAGUCUUUUGUUGCAGUUGACGAGGAAGGUACUGAGGCAGCUGCUGCUACUGCAAUUAUAAGUCUAACAAGUGCCAAUGUUACGAAUGUUCUGAAAUUUAGGGUUGACCACCCUUUCCACUUCUUCAUCAGACACAACAAAUCCAAGAGCAUCCUCUUUUUUGGUAGAUUCUGCUCUCCCUCAGAAUGAGUUAUUACAUGCUCCAAGGCAGCAACCAAGGUUCACUUUCAAUGGAAAAAUGUGAAUUGCAGUGUUAAAAGCUCAACCUUAAGCCAUGUAGCCACACGUGCUGAAUGCAUGUGUCUUUUUUUGAUUCCCCCUUCAAGUAAGGCAGCACCCAGAGACAACCCCCCCAAAAAAAAAUCCCUGAAAGAAAAACAAAAGGAACUUGUAGAAAUCUGUAUACUCACUUUCCUUCACUGGAAAAAUCUGCAUUUGCAUUACAAUGCAGUUUCCUUAUGUUCAUUUCAAAUUUAAGGACUGUUGGAAAUUAACAAAAUUUAAUACAAACCCUGAAUAAUCUCAAAAUGCCCCUCACCUUCCCUGUCUCACCGCAUGCAUACAAACACAUUACAGGCAUUCUCUCCUCCCCUUGCAGCUUCAUGAAGAAAUUAGUUCAGCCUUCAACAUUUAAUCACUGACUUCCAACCACCUUGCAUUUUUUCCUCAUUUUUCUAAACUUUGUAGGUGAAGGUUGCUGGGCGUUCCAAUCAGCAAAAAUGCUAAGAAAACUAUGAGCAACAUGCUUCUUGCUACCUUUCAUCGAUAUGCAAUCUAAACCUUCCAGAAUUCAAAAAUGCUUCCUCUUUUUAAUUUAACCUAGUUAGACCUGUUUCCUGGCUAAUAUCUGCACAGUUUCCUUGCUAUCUGUGUCAUUGAUCAAUGUAUGAUUUAGGUAAUGAUUUAUGAUGAAUUAUGCAAUUGAUGAGCGUAUCUCAGCAAAGACAGUCAUGGUAUUGACAGAAACACCAGUGAGAUUUUGACUGAUGCUUUCAUUCACAAUUUUACCGUAAUCUGCAUUUAAUCCAAUAAACUAACUUGGAGUUG